AUGAAUCUUGGCAGUGCACAUAACAUACCCCAUUAUAAAACUUUGGAAGAUGUCAUCCGAGGCAUCAAAAAGGCCGGCUUGGAAUACUCAAAUUUGAUUUUCGGCAUUGAUUAUACCAAAUCGAAUAAAUAUCAAGGUGAAAGAACAUUCGAUGGAAGAAAUCUACAUUCCAUCAGCUCUAAAGAACUAAAUCCCUAUCAACAGGUCAUUGAAAUUGUCGGAAAGACGUUAUCGUCAUUUGAUGCAGAUGGCGUUAUACCAGCAUAUGGAUUCGGUGAUGAAGAGUCAACGGAUCAGCGUGUUUUCAAUUUGUACGACAAAAAUGAUCUGCUUGCUGAGUGUAACGGAUUUGAAGGUAUUUUGUGA